AUGGCUUUGAUGGAGUUGUUGCGGACUGUACAGUCUGUAAACUCGGUAAAUGUAAAGAGUGGCAAUAGGUCAUUGUACUCAUUGUUCAGGUACAAGUUAAAUGAGAUCUUGGUGUCACUGAUCGAUGCCACACGUAAUCUUAUCAAAUGCUGUAUAUCUGUUGGCGACAUACAACCAUUCCCCACGCUGGAGGACGUGACUACACUCUCUGCCACUCUACUCAAACAAUGUCGCACGUUCAAGGCUGCCGUCACGAAUGUACAAAACAACACCUCACCGGUCCAGUUCGACGCGCUGCUGGGCGAGUUCAUCAGUUGCACCAAGGACUAUGUUGGUGUGCUCAAUGAUCUGGGCAUCGAUCUCCACUCAUCCAUCGCAGACAGUGUUGCCGAGGUAGAGGCAGCCACACGUUCACACUUCAAGAGCAGGAAGGAGGUGACCUCACUCGAGUUGGACAAGUUGUUCAAUGGUCUCACCGACUCGAUCAAGAAGGUCCUACAUCUCGUUACUCAAUCAAACACAUAUAGUUCCGAGUCCAAGGUCUUCCUGAGGCCGAUCACCGCAGCAUUGGUGGACCGUGUUGGUGCUGGUGGUGGGGACAAGGCUCCUCGAGGAGGAUUCUCGCCGUCCAAGGAGCAGUCGCCAGACAGCAGUGAGGAUCUUAUUGUUGGCCAGAUGAAGGUGUUCCAGCGAUCACAUACUCAGGUCGAGAUUGGAAGCAAGAAGUCAAGGCGAUCAUUAUCAAGCACUCAGCUCACAGUUGCCAAUGUAAAUCAGAAGACGAGUCACCAGGAGGAGCAACAUGGUUGUGAUCUUCCACGCAUUGUACUAGACGACAAUGACGAUGAUGAGGACGACUCAUUACAGAUUUGGAGUUUGUCGAUAUCAAGUGUGUCUGCAGAUCCAUUCAACAAGACCAAGACAAAGAAUACAUCAUCAUCCUCAUCACCGCCCAAGACCAAGGACAAAGGCAAGGUGGAAGAGGAGGAGGCGGUAGUGGGGUCGAAACAGAAGAAGGCUGGCCACUCAUCAAUGUUGAUCAAGGGUGGAUGGUCAUCGCUCAAGAAUCCAUUCAAGCGUGACAAGGCCAGAGAGAGCAUGCCAAUCGCAGAGUUUAAGAAGAUGGAGGAGGAGCAGCAGAAGCAACAACAGCAGCAGCAUCACACACUUCCAAGACCAACACAAACACAAACACAGACGCAGACACAGACUCAGACUCAGGCACAACCUAAGCAGAUCAGUGGCGCAAUCAGUCCAAACAGCAGCAGUGAUAGUAUUGACAAGAUGUUGUUGUCAACGUCAUCGGGAACGGCAAGCAGUCCGACCACCGCGGCUAAGUGGGUGUCAUGCAUGCCACCAUCGAGAUCAAUGCAUAACUUGUCAGGUCAUUCAGAGCAUUCUGGUGAUGUGGAAGAGGACACUAUGGGCCAGGAAGAAGAUGCAGAUGAUAGCGAUGAUGGUCAUUCAGGCGAAUACCUCCAUGGUGCUGGAUCACCUCCACAGAGUCCCAAAGUGACACUCUUUGCACCUGCAGAGAAGUUUGCCAUCGAACCAUUUGGUCGCAAGUCCAAGCGAUACAGCGACAACUCCUUUGUUGGAUUGGAUCACAAUGAGAGACAUGUUGCGCACUAUGAGAUCUACUUCUCAAAGAAAGCUCACAUUAACUUUAGAUGCAAUAUACCAGAGCUGGGAGGAACUGUUUUAAUAUCAAUGUUGGAGCAACCAGAGAAUGCACAACAUAGGAAGCACAGGGUACUCAUUAGAACAAAGAAUGGAGUUGAGAAAAUUCUAGUCUUGAGCAAUGGUUCUAGGAGCACUGACCUGUUGCAAGCCAUCCAGAACUACCUACGUCCAAUCGCCACCCUCGACACAUCACACUUUACUCACAUCCACAUGGACAUCACCAACCGUCUCCUAGAGUUUGAAAAGAUUGAUUUGACGAAUAAGUAUCACUUCUUUGUCAUGUACUCACAGGAUGGAUUGACGACAGAGAAUGCAUUGUUGGAGAAUGGUACGGUCAGUCCUGGAUUUGUGGAGUUCUACAGAUUCUUGGGAAGCAGGUUCAAGACCAAGGAUUGGCCAAGGUACAGUGGCGAGUUGGACACAACAAACAAUUUGGACGGCGAGACAUCAAUCUUUGCACAGCUACAUGGUAUCCAAGUGGUGUUCCACGUGUCCAGUCUCAUACCAGUGCAUCGAAGAAAGAAGUUGUUGGCAUCCAACAGCUGUAUCAUUCUCUAUCACGAGGGAAGCAACACCAUCAAUCCAUCAUUAUUCACAUCACCAAAGAACAAGAUAAUCUUCCAAGUUAGACGAGUAUCAUCUGACGAUGGAGCAUCAGUCAAUUAUAAGUUUGGCGUGUCGUCCAAUAGUGUAGUGGAGCCAUUUGGACCAAUGAUUACCGACCCACCCAUCUACCCAAAGCAGACAGCAUUUAAACAGUUCCUGCUCACCAAGUUGAUAAAUGCUGAGAACUCUGCAUUCUCUACUCAGGAUAUGGUUAGGCAGCGACAGUCUGUAUUGAAUGACAUUGUUAUGAGUUGUACAAAGCAAUAA